GGCGUCAUAUAGCUGUCUUUAUUAUGAGAGCGCACACACAAUAUAAGCAAACACAGAAACAGAAAUCGAGAGCGUAAAAACAGAAACUGAACAGAUGAAACAUAAUCUUGUGGCAGGUAAAGCUGUCAUCACGAGCGAAUAAAUUGUGAUCCAGCACAGGUUUGAAGGUGGCGGCGAUGUCUCAAUGUGAUCGAAUUCGUUUUCGGAUUGGCAGCUCGGUCGCGUUAUCAUCUGCGCUCUCUCUGUUUGAAAAUUCUCCUCGCUCGCGAUUAUAUCUUCCAACCGGAAACACGUCAUGGAUUAAGGCUUGACAAGACGAUCACUGAUCGAUUGAACUGCAUUACUAAGAACUGCCACUAGAGUUCAGAAUUGCGACUUUGGAGUUAAUUGCCAACAACAACAGAUGGAGGAAGAAUUGCAACUCAUCUGCUCACCUGGUUUACUGAAGCCAUAUAGCCAUGGAGUCAGGAGAAAACAACACUAUGAGGGAAAUAGUGAACACAGCUCAAAACCUCAUUACCGUAAUCAACAGCACAUUGCAGUCUCCUAGGUUAACUAGUCUUCAGGUUAACCAGACAAGAGGACAACACAUCAGCCACCCACAGCCCUCGCCCCAACCCUCUGUCAGCCACUCUCAGCCCUCGCCCCAACCCUCUGUCAGCCACCCACAGCCCUCGCCCCAGACCUCCGUACAGCAGGAAAUGAUAAGAUCAUUUCCAGGAGUUUUUCAAAAGGGGUUGAAGGGAAAAUCAAAGUUCGUCCCCAUGAAACGCAAGGCACCAAAGACAGUUGUGAUGUCAUUUUACCUUCUGCCUCGCAUGACUACAAAAACUCCAAAAGGCAGUGAUGAAUUCAAGUUGAUUGAGGCAGGACUUGGGAAAAGAAGCUUAAAAGUUAACGAUAACAUCAGUCAUGCCGAAUUGUCUGAGAUGUUGUGUCUUGAAUUCCCCAAAAUGCAAGGCUUGGAUGGAGGCUGGCUGCUGUAUAAAGCAAUGGGUGGAAGUGGACAGAGGCCCCUAACUGUGAUUGCUCCAGAAUCAGAAGGCUAUACAGGAGCACUAGUACAAACAGCAAGCAAUUGUGGCAAAUCUGUUCUUUAUAUAGUGCCACUUCAACUGGAAAUUGAUAUGACUCCAUUGCCACUCAAUUCCAAAGAAUUUGAUAAAAUGCCCAAAGCUCACUGCAGUAGAUGCAAUGAACAAAUGCCAUUACAGCUCCUGGCAAUCCAUGUCAAUUCCUGUAGCAGUGCAAGUUAUUCUGACAGUGAGGAAUCAAUAACUGUGGAAUCGGAUGCUGCAGAAGGUGUGCAUGCAGAAGGUGUGCAUGCAGAAGGUGUGCAUGACGAAGGCAGCAAAGAACUAUUAAACUGUGACUCUGAUGUGGAAUUUGUUCCACCUGUUCUGAAUGCAGAACCAUCCAAAAAGAGCGAGUAUGCACCUUGCCCAAUAUGCCAGGAACCAUUUCCUCUUUAUUUUCUAGAGGUGCAUGCAAGCACAUGUGGUGAGAGACCUGUAGAAAACCAAGGAACCUUGGAUGUAGAAAGAAAUGAGCCUCAUAGCCUUGAUGACAUCCUGCAAAAUCUAGCUGAACAGGUGGACAACUCUCAGACGUUCUCAGUCUGUGUCACUCGAUCUAACUUUUUUCACCGUGCUAUUCAACAAUGGAAAAGACAAAAGAAAAGCACCCCAAAGUGCUCCCUUAAAGUUUGUUUUGUUGGAGAGGCAGGCAUAGAUACAGGAGCAAUAAAGAAGGAGUUCCUUACUGACCUGAUGAAUGGAAUUGAAUUGCGCUACUUUGAGCCUGGCCCUGACAACAAGGGAAAGAAUCCUAUAUACUCAAUAAGUGCCCUGGAGGAGAGCUACUUCAGGAGCUUUGGAGAGAUCAUUGCUUGCUCCUUGGCUCAAGGAGGUCCAGCACCUGACUUCAUGCGCAAUUGGUGCUACACCUAUCUUGCUACAGGAGAUUUUGACCGUGUGGUAUUAACCCCCGAAGAUGUCACAGAUGUAGAAACCAUCGAAUUGAUUGAAAAGGUAAGAAUAGCCACCGAUGAAGAAUUACGGAGUCUCACUGAUAAUCUGCUUUCCUGUGGAUAUACAGGUCUCAUAAAAACAGACAGAAAGGACCCAAUAAUAAGAACAAUCAUUCUAAACUCCCUGGCCCGAGUUCUGCCCAUGCUUGAGCAAAUGCGAAAAGGCUUGCAGCUCUACAACCUUCCGGAUGUGAUGGAACAACACAUGGACCUCUGUCGGCCUUUGUUUGUGCCACUGCAGGAUAACAAGCCUGAUGCAAACUUCCUUAUGGCAAGCUGCAAACCUGACUUUAGUGAAAAAGGCACCUCAAGACAUAAUCUUGAACAAAGUAUUCUGAACUACUUUCAAGAUUUUCUUCAGGAACUAGAGGAUGAUGAUGCAGUUCCUAAGCACUUUGACGAAACCGAAGACUCAGACACUGAAGUGGUUUCAAACACCAAGACACUUACAGUUCCAGGUGUCCUGCAGUGGUUAACUGGCCAGGCACACAAGCCAGUACUACCAAGUGAGAGAAACAAUUUUGAAAUUCAUGUAAAAUUCAAUCAUGUCUGCCAACAGGAAGCACAUACAAUUUGUUUUCCAAUAGUUAGUGCUUGUACUAAGACCAUAACUUUUCCAGUGGCACACAUGAGCUCUUACAGCGAGUUCAAACAUGUACUAACUCUGGCUCUGCGUUUUGGUAAUGUUUUUGGUAGAGUUUAAUUUGUGGAACAAUGAAGACAAUGAUUAUGGUACAGAAUAAUGUUUUAUUUUCCUUAACAUUGUAAAAAAAUGUUUACACUAAAAGUAAAUGGCAAAAAGAGAGUGCCAUGAUUGUUUUCAGUUAUUUUUGGUAUAUGCA